UGGCUGGUGGAGUGGGUGCUGCUGACCAUGGAUGGGUUGGGGUUGGGGCGGAGGGAGUUGCUGAGCCGUCUGUAUGUGGUGGGAUUCCUGGAUCUAUUCGGGGUCAGUUUGAUAGUUCCUUUAUUAAAUCGACACAUCAAAUGUCUUGGAGGAAGCUCAACAACAACAGGCUUAGUAGGUUCUGUUUAUGGGAUCCUGCAGCUAUUUUCCGGUACAGUGAUUGGCUCUUGGAGUGAUGUUGUAGGAAGACAACGCGUGUUACUGGUGUGCCUCAUCCUGAGUGGAUUGAGCUAUGGUCUACUUGGUAUUUCAUCCAGCAUCUUUCUCUUGAUAUUGGCUAGGAUUCCCAUGGGUAUCUUCAAGCAGACUCAAUCCAUUUUAAAAGCUAUUCUUUCAGACCUGGUUUCUGAUCAAGACCGCACUCAAGUGUUGGGAAUGCUUAAUGGGAUGUCCAGAAUGGGAUUCAUUCUGGGGCCUGUUCUUGGUGGAUAUCUUGUUGAGUUGGAUGGGGGCUUCUACAUAAAUUCCUUCAUUUGCAGUUUCAUUUUUUUCCUAAAUGCAGGUGCUGUCUGGUGUUUACCAUAUAAAGAAUGGCUUCACAGUCAAGAAACUUCACUGCACUCAACAGCAGAAGUGAAAGAAAAUGAAGAAAAUUGCACUCCUUUAUUGAAUCAAAAAAAGAGGAAUAGAACUGUAGGCUAUUUGGUUAUGAAAGCCAAUGGUACGCGGAAAUCAAAGACAUCUCAAUCCCUCUGGAGCCAAUGUCUGUCGGUGGGACAAAAGAUACAGGGGGUGGUUUGUUCAAAUCUUUGGGAUGUGUUUCUUGUAAGGUUUUUGAUGUCCCUCGCUGUCCUCCUUUACUACAACAACUUUUUUUUGGCUGUUGAAGAAAGAUUUGGUGUAUCUCCCAGGCUGAUCGGGUACCUCAUCAGUUAUGGUGGAAUGAUUGGAGCGCUGUCAGGUUUCACAACUGGGUACAUCACUAGGCUGUACAACAACAACAUCCAUUUGAUGAAGUUACAUUCAAGCAUCCUCACGUUCUCAGUUCUUCUGCUGUAUUCCAUCACUACUUCCAUUUGGGUAGUUGUGUUUUGUACGACUGUUUUUAAUUUUUCAACCACUAUUGGUUCCAUGUGUACCACUGCCAUGGAGCUAAGCCGAGACGAGAGCCAAGCCAGAGGGACACUCAUAGGAGCUGGUCAGUCAGUGACUGCUGUUUCACGUAUACUUGCCUCAAUCCUUUCAGGGAUUGUUCAGGAAUUCAAUGUGUGCGGGCCCCCAAAACUCGGGGCAGCUUUAGCUUUACUGGCUAUCUUCAUCAUGAUCAUUGUUCAGGCAGAGCUUAGGCAAAACACCAAGAUUAAGUUAAAUUAAAGAAACUCAGAAAUAAAUUCUUGUGUUAAGUGAAAUGUUCGAGGAAAUGCUUUGAUGAAAGUGCAAAAAUGUGGUUUUUCUUUCCAUCUGCUUGGUUUUAACAUGUGGUUAACAAGAGCACAGAGUGAACAUACGAAAUAACAGCAGAGAUCUUAUUGUGGGCAAUGUUAUUUCAUCAAACUGUGCUACCAAUGGGAGAUCAAACCCUGAUUCUCCAAAUGACAAAUGCAAAAUCAAACCCAAAUCCAAGAUUAAUAUAUUUAGUUUUAAAAAGGAGAAAGAGCACAGGGUGUAAUAAAUCAUGAGAGUACAAUUUGAGUGAAAUAUGAAGUUCAAGUGAAACCAGGGAUUCUUACAGCCUUAACUUCACUGCUAGAUGUUUCACUAACAAAUUCAUGUUAAUAUCUCCACAACAAACUCAGCCAGCCAGUGGCUAGGCUGCAAGGUUUCUUUACUGUUUCUGGGUUUCUGGGUCCUGCAGGGAUUUUCUUGAUGUAGUCCCAGGAUAAAAAGGGAGCUCAGGUGGUCCGCUUACAGCUUUUGCAUCAUCCAGGCUCCACUCCUUCUCAAGUACAAUACAAAUUCCCUUUAGAGCAGGGGUGGGCAAAAGACUGCCCGUGGGCCAUAUCCAGCCCACCAAAUGAUUCUAUCUGGCACGUCAUUAGCAGGCUCCAAAACUACUGAUCAUAAAAUUAGAAGAAAAACAACCACUUGCGUUUAUAUAGCGCCAUUCUCUCAGGGUCAUAUUUCGAAGCGCUUAGAUUUCUUUUGCACUAAUCUACUGCUAUACUGGAAACAUUGACCAAUUUGUAGCUAUCAUCCAGGGGAAUAUGGGGAGGGGUGAUGGAAAAUCCUGGAAGUGGUCAGGACAUCCUCUGGUGACAUAUCUAGAAAAGAAAAAAUUGUAAGCGAGUCGUGGACAGUCACCUCUGAAUGUCGGACUUUGGUCGUCCGAUACCUGAGCCAGCCAAAUCUACACUAGUCCAAGUAAUUCAUCAGAUUGCCUAACUCAUGAAUAAAUUUGGAGGCAAAGACUUGGCAUUAAGGACUGUGAUUCUGCCGGCUUGUCUCAUGUUAAUUCGCCAGCCAAUUUCCUAAUGGGUAAAUAUAUUAGGAUUAGGGAGGAGGCCCCAAAGUGUUUGAUGUCCCAAAGGCUGAUAAUGUAGUACCAGCUGGAAAUCCAGACUUUGAUUGGCAGACUGUCCAGUUUGAGUGGUUUCCAGCUGUACCCUCAAUAGGCACUUUGUUCUGCCGAAUGCUUUGCUAUUUUCCAACUAGCAGUUGUAUUUUCUGAGCGCAGGUAAGUAUUGUAGAUGAGUGUGUACCAGAUAGGGAUUGAGCAGUGUAGAACUCGCAAACUAUUUUUCAUGUGAAGGGGUUUCAGUGGUUGAAAUUAGGGGAUUUAAGUAUAGUCCUGGAAUGUGCAUCAGACUCAAAAAAAGACGGAAGGGGCAAUUCGAUAGAGGUGUAUGAAAUGAAAGGUUUAGAACAUUUGGAUGCAGAUAUGUUUUUUUCUGGCAUGUGAAAAAAAGAAUAAGGACAGCAAAAGCGUCCAGGAAAUGCGGGAGAAUUUUCUUUAGUAAAAGGGGAGAGGUAGAUGGAACAAACUACCAGCUCAGAUGGUUAAACAAGAAAGUAUAGGCCCAAAACUCCACCUUGCAUUAGUCUUUGUGUUUAAGAACUGCAGAAAACCAACUUCUAAAUGAAUACUGAUUUUAGGUAUUUUCAACAAUUCUGUGCGAUCUUAAAUUUUAAGGCAAAAUGGUUUCUCAGGGUAAGAUGAGGUGUAAUUUCAAUGGUUUCAAAAUGAACUUGACAAGUUCCUUCCUUUGAAAUAAUAAAUAAUAUUCCUUGCAUUUAGCAACUAGCUAUGUCAAAACAACUAGCUUUACAUACAACACAAUCAUUAAAGAAAAGUGAAAGUGUAAUGUUCAAAAAUGUUGAUCUGCAUACUCGCAAGAAUUAUUUCAUUGAAAAUUCAUAAGGAAACUUGAAAAAUGCUGCACAUUAUAUAAAUGGCAUUAUGUUUGGAAGACGAAAAAUGGAUUUAUUUUGACUUUAAAACAUUUGUUGUUUUGUGGAAAAAAAGAAACCAAUAUGUGUACAUCACUCAUCUGCAAAGAUCAUUAACUGCCUCUUCUUUAUCCAGAAAGGUGCAUAGUUUCCAUAUUUUCGGAGUAAUCUUGCAAGCUAAGUUUAGGUGGGAUUUUAGUUCUUUUUAUUUUAAAUUGUAAAUGUGUUUGUAAUGGAAUCAUUUUAUUUGUGCUUUAAUUAAAAAUAAAAUCCAUAC